GGGCUAUCCAAGUAUAAAGCAGGGUGAGCCUUUCCAUCAAGCUGUCUCCUUACCUUCUCAUCACUAACAGCAUCAGCACAGCCUCGAUUCCACUCGUUCAGGUUUCACCCCGAGAGCUCUCUUUUCAGUUUACCCCCCACACUCUUUUUAGGACUUCAGAUCCCAGCCAACAACACCCGCCACCAUGCGUUACACACCUCUUCUCGCCUUUGGCCUCGGCCAGGUCGCUCUGGCCCGGAACUCCACCUUCACCUGGAGCUCGACCACCUCGUCUGGUGCCAACCCUACCCAGACCGCUCCCGUCGGCUUCCCCGAGCAGCUGGGCGACUUCCGCUUCUUCGGAUGCCUUUCCUCGUCCGAGCAGUUCCCCACGUUCGAGCUGGUUGCGUCGAGCAACGAGAUGAGCCUCGACAUCUGCGCCGCCAGCUGCCCGGGCCGCUUCAUGGGUGUCUACAGCACCGACUGCUACUGCGGCGACGAGGUCAACAGCGACGACACCCAGCGCGUUGCCAACUCGCAGUGCGACGUUGCCUGCCCCGGCAAUGAGCUCGAGUCCUGCGGUGGCCUCGCUGGCGCCGUCGCCCGUCGCCAGACCGUGCCCCUGUCCAUCCUGCUCUCCGUCUACAUCCGCAUCCGCGACGCCGCCGUCACCAGCGGCGCUGUUCCCACCGGCACCAUGACCGCGGCCCCCACCGGCACCAACAUUGUCACCGAGACCAUCACCGACACGCUCACCAUCACCUCGUGCCCCCCUGAGGUGACCAACUGCCCCGUCGGCCAGGUCACCACCACGACCUACACCACCGAGUACUGCCCCGAGGUCACGUCCGCUGCCAACGCCUGGCACGAGAAGGUCCUCAUCUGCUACGGUGACUACUGCGCUCCCCAGUUCCCCUGCUCCGAGUGCGCCAAGCACCGCGUCGUCUGCGAGGGUGACGUCUGCCACCCCGAGGUCUGCACCAACGAGGAGUACUACAAGAAGGUCGUCUGCAACGGUGACCACUGCGUCUACCCCACCUGCGAGGGCGCGGACUGCCUCAAGAAGGUUGUCUGCUACGGUGACAACUGCGUCGCUGCCAAGUGCUACGGCGACGAGUGCGAGAAGAACCUGGUCUGCCACGGCGACGCCUGCGGCUACGAGACCUGCCAGGGUGAGGACUGCUACAAGCAGUACAACUGCGAGGGUGACAACUGCCAGGUCGUCCCCGCCUGCCAGGGCGACCACUGCCCUACCCCCGCGCCCCCCAUGCCCGCCACCACCACCGGUGCCGCGUGCAAUGGUGUCAACUGCCCUGCUGUCGUCCCUACGGCCGCUCCCUCCACCGGUGCCAACAACAACGGCCAGAGCCAGUGCACUGGUGUCCACUGCGACGUCCCCGUCGCUGGCUCUAGCAAGAUCCUGCCCGCCCUGGGCAUGGGUGCCAUCGCUGGUAUGGCCUUCUUCCUGUAAAGGGAAGACCUGCCAGCCUUGUGUGGAACGCGAGGAGUCUGCUCUGGUCGGCGGACCUGGCGCGCUCGGGUGGUUGAUGUUGGUGUUCGAUUCAGUAAUAGGUAGUUGAGAAGGAUUUUGAUGUUGAUUUGAUAUUGAAUUGGAAUUUAUACUCUGCAC